UCCUCUCUUCAGCCUCCCCCCAUUCUCCAGUACAUGGAUCACUCCUCCUCCUCUCCCCCUAACAACCUGCUCUGUGGUAUCUCCUGUAAACCCCGAUGCCCCGCCCCAUUGAUGAUGAGACGCCGCCUUUUCCGGUGAUAUCACACCUGACGGAGCUCCUCUAUUCUCGUCAUUACCGGGAUUGUUCUCCCGCGGACGUUUGUCACCGGAAGUAACGAAUUCCCGAACGUCGGAGAGCCCCGGAUCCGGCGGGAGCUGUGAGUGUGGUGAAUCUCUCGAUGGCCGCUCUUUCCCUCCACUCGGACCCAUUUGCUGAGGUUGGCACCUCCACUGUAAAGCCGUUUUCUCAGAGGGUGGUCCGGCAUGCCCUGGCCAUCAUGCAUCUCCUCAUCACUGAGGGGGAUCUGGCGGGGGACAUGACGUUGCGUCUGUCACUAGAUCAGCGGACUGAAGACCAGAAAAUUGUCAUUGAUCAAGUCAUGAAGCUGGUUCUGGGAAUUCUGCACCUGCUGAACGAGGGCCCCGUGUCUCAUGAACAAGCUGUGAACUUGUCAGAUGAAGACUGGACGCAUCUCGAGAGAGAGCAGCGGGAGCUGUACGGCGACCUCCUGACCGAGAAUGAGCAGACCCUGCAGGGCAUGGGUAAUGACUGCGACUCAUCACCAGGCAUGAAUAGAGCCCCUCCCCCGGUUUGCGGGUCCUUCAAUGUCAAAAUGGAGACUGCGCUGGGAAUGGGGCAGAAGGAAACUCCUCCAACCAGUGUGUCUGCCAGCGGCCAAGAUGGAAAGUCCGAUGCCUGCAGCGAUGCCCCGGCCGAUCCCGCCAGAAGUCCAUUGCCUGAUUCCUACCACCCCAACACCUUCUUAAGUCCUGGGAGCGAUUGCAGCCGUUCCUUCCAUGAAACAUCUGGCCGUACAAGCGCGCAUGGAGUGCCUUCUUCAGCUUCCCUCGGUGCCUUCCAGAGAACAUGCCCCAACCCCUGCAAGGAUCCCUAUGUGACUGUAUUUCCAGAGGCCUCAGGUGCCAACAGCUACAGUGAGGCCUAUGCCAGUAGCUCCACUGACGACUUUACAGUAGAAAACAUGCACAUUAUUCAUAUCAAGCAGGAAGGAUCCCUCCCCGACCUCCUACCGCAAAGUAAGGCUGUGGACCGCGAUGUCUGUGCUGAGAAUCUGUGUGGUGAGCAAUCAGUCAAACAAGAGGAACUACGUGGCUUUGCUGGUGGGACAUUAAUGGUUUCACACGGGAGCAUCAACACUAAACACACUUCUAGAAUUACAACCCUCAAUGAACAAGUGAAGAUCCUUCUCAGCAAGUCCAUGAAGAAACGUCCGACGAAGAAGCGUUUCCAAUGUCCGAGAUGCGAAAAGAGCUUCCACUGUCAGUCGCACCUCAUUAUGCAUCAGAGGGUGCACACUCGAGAGAGGCCGUAUGUGUGCGAGUGUGGAAAGACCUUCACCCAGAGUUCUAGCCUGUUCAGACACCAGAGAGCCCAUCGGGGUGAGCGACCUUACAUUUGCCCUGACUGUGGGAAAACAUUCACCCAGAGCUCCUAUCUUCAAAUUCACCAAAGAACACAUACAGGAGAAAGACCCUACGCCUGUGGAUAUUGUGGCAAGUGUUUCCGUGUCAACUCCACCCUUGUCAGGCACCAAAGGGUUCAUGUGGGGGAAAAGCCAUAUAUAUGUGGCAAAUGUGGUAAAAGUUUUAGCCAGAGUUCCUAUCUGUACAUUCAUCAGAAGACGCACACCGAGGAAAGGCCGUUCACUUGUAAUCAGUGUGGAAAAAGCUUCAAAGUCAACUCCUCUUUACUCCGACAUCGUAGACUUCAUCUAGUGGAAACCAGCGAGUGUCCACACAGCUAGAAAGUGUGCGGCUCCUGGGGGAGGACUCCAGAAAUGUGACUAGUAUUCAUGUACAUAGAAUUUUAUUAUAUAUCGAAUGUUGGUGCUCAUGCCCUUUGUAAGAUGAAUAGAAGAUAUUUCAACCUGGGAAACUGUUUAUCUGUUUUGUAUAAAAAGGUUUAGAAGAAAUGCCGACGGCUCCUUAUUCUGUAGUCAUUGGAUUUAAGGGUGGAUUACAUUAUUUUACUAUGUAACUCUCGG